AUGACGUCGGAUGCGAGAUCUGCUGCUGGCGACAGCGCCCAGCUGCCCUCCUUCUACUCCCCUCGAACCGCUGCAGUCGACGCUCCCCAGAGCCGUGAUGGCCAGCCAAUCGACCCUCUGUCGCUGUCCAGCCGUGCCGAUUCACCCAGGACUCAACCACCUCCGCCAUCUCUUCUCUCACCAGCCUUCACUCCGCCGGCCACUCCGGGGAACCAGACGCCCACAACUGCCGGCCUGCGAGGAAUUCCAGUCGACAGCUCGAUUGCGUCUGGAGGAUGUGGUAGCAAGAAGCCGAGACUGCUAGAGACAUUACCCGAGGUACAAUGCGUUGUCCGGGCCCGCAUCCCCACAGUCAACGGAACCGAGAUGUUCCUCCAUCUAUACACCAACAAUGUCGACAACAAGGAGCAUUUGGCAAUUGUGUUUGGCAAUCACAUCCGGAGCGAGUCCCUGGACGCUCCCCGCGAGGGCGAGACCGAGUUGGACCGCAUGAUUCGAGGCGCCUACACAGGUCGGCUGUAUCCGGGCCGGACAACCAGCGGCAUGGGCGGUCCUUCGUCGGAGGCAGAAUCUCAGGAAGAAAAGAACCCCAAUCAAGACAUACCCUUGGUGCGGAUACACUCAGAAUGCUAUACCGGAGAGACUGCGUGGUCUGCGAGGUGUGACUGCGGCGAACAGCUUGACGAGGCUGCGCGACUCAUGGCGCUACCAGGCAACAAGGCCGGCGGCAUCAUCAUAUAUCUGCGACAGGAAGGCCGUGGCAUUGGGCUUGGAGAGAAGCUAAAGGCUUACAACCUGCAAGAUCUUGGAUCCGAUACGGUCGAGGCAAACCUGCUAUUGCGACACCCCGCUGAUGCUCGAAGCUACGGCUUGGCCACCGCCAUGCUCAUGGAUCUGGGUCAGAAAGACGUGCGUCUGUUGACCAACAACCCUGAUAAGAUUCGUGCCAUUGAGGGACCCAACCGGGAGAUUGUCGUAAAGGAGCGAGUCGCCAUGGUGCCGCUAUCGUGGAAAGGCAAGGGUGGCUUCCGAAGCCAGGAAGUGGAAGGCUACUUGAAGACAAAGAUUGAGAAGAUGGGCCACAUGCUGGAGAUGGGCGGGCUUUCUUAAUUCAGCCGUCACUGACGGGGAAGAUGAUGAUGUGUACUUUUUCGAAUAUCGGGCAUUGGGGUAUAAAUGGAGUUUUUCAUUUUCUGGUUUCAAAAAUGGAAAUCAUGAUUGUUGUUUUUCGGUUGACCUUUGUUAUUGGUCACGUAUAUACCAAUUCAACUACCUUGGCUGGAGGAAAGCCAGUCGCAUACCUACCUACAUAAUUGUUAGCCAGCAAUGCCGAGCACAAAACGAUGAUGUAUCCAGUCACAUGCUGGAUAAAAUAAAUAAAAACAAUUGAAU